UCAAGCUCCGCAUCAUCCCCACCUCCCUCCUCCUCCUCUCUCCUCCGCCCAGUAGCGUACGACGCCACAUCCGGCACCAACUCCGAAAGCACGUCCUCGCCCUGCUUCGCCCUUCUGAGUAGUUCGAAAUCAAGACCUUUAGGUUUCUCGUGCUCGCCUGCGCUGGACUUGAGUUGCGGGAGGCCAAGAUUUGCUGCUUCGUCUUCUUCUGAAUCGGCAUGCUGACGACGCUCAGAUGCGCGGUCGCGGUAGCGCGGCUUGGGUUCUUUCUUGGGUUUGGAUGAGUCUGCAUCUGCGAGGGAUGAGGAUUGCGAGGACAGUGACCUACAUGUUUCUCAUUAGUCUUCGUCCUAUAUAUUCCAGAGAAUUAAAUAAACACGUACUUCUUAGAAGAACUAUCACGAUGCCGAUCCCGGUGUCCAGAUCUAUGCUCCCGAUGCGACGAAGACCUAUGAUGAUGAUGAUGAUGAUGAUGAUGCCGAUGCCGCUGUCCCCCGUCUCCCUCCUUCUCAUGCUCGCUCUUCGACGUCGCAGAACUCUGCACGAGUUUUCUAAAAUCCUCGUUCGUGAGUCCUCCUGCCAUGACGCUCUGAUCUGUGUAGUGAGGGUGUGUAGUUGGUGAUGAGGAGGGCGAGGAGGAGGUUUGUUUAUUUAUUUGGGUGGUGUUGGGAGUUGAGUUUUUUGGGUCUGCGGUUUUGCUUCCCCUGGAAAUCGCUUUAAUUGAUUUAUUCU